AUGUACAGUGGUGUAUACAAAUUGAUACCAGGUACAACAUAUCCGAUUGCUAUUGCUUCUGGGUCAUCAAUUUCAAAAUCUUUUUUUGACGGAUGUGGUGCACAUGAACAAUUUAUAUGUGGACCAACUUGUAUUGAAACCUGUAAUUAUAAACCACGAAUUUGCACUGCAAAUUGUAGAUUUGGUUGCUUUUGCAAACAUAGAUAUGUUCGAAAAUCGAAUGCAAUUGGCAGUCCUUGUAUUCUAAAGCGUCAAUGUUCUAAUAAAAAGACAUCUUCGAAGUGUGGUGAAAACCAAGUAUAUGAUCAAUGUGGUUCAGCAUGUCCACGAAGUUGUAAAGAUCUUUUUUAUCCACAAAAACCCAAGUUCUGCACUUUACAAUGUGUUGCUGGUUGUUUUUGUGAAGAAGGUUUAUAUCGCACAGAAAAUGGUGCAUGUGUCCAACCAAAAGAAUGUUGCCAAGGUCAAUGUGAAGAAUAUACAAAUUGUGGUACGGCUUGUCCUGAAACAUGUGAUUAUACUCCUGGAGCCUGCACAAAACAAUGUGUUGCCGGCUGUUUCUGCAUGCCGACUUAUAUUCGAUUUGUAUUUGGACGAAUGUGUUUAGGUGCUCAUCAAGAAUAUCAAAUAUGUGGUUCAGCUUGUCCUCUUACAUGUGCUGAUGUAAGACAUGCAAGAUAUUUCAAACCAUGUACAUAUCAAUGUAUCCCAGGUUGCUUUUGUAAACGUGGUUAUACUCGAAGAUCUCAUCUAAGAAGUCAAUGUAUUCCUGAUUGGCGAUGUUAA